GAGCCACGCGAUCCAUUUCCCUAUUCAUCCCUCAAAUUGCCUUCAGCCUCACGAUUCAUCGGCCCGCUCAGGAUUCUUGCUGCAGAUUUGCCAGCUUGUUGCUGAAGUCUCCACCAAGAUUCUGUCGAGGAUCAAACUUCUCGGCCCGAGCGCCCCAUGACCAUGCACCCUGGGGAAGCAGAUUCCCAUCACGUAAUUGACACAUCAGCGCCAAUCAUGACUCCCAGUACAUCGUUCAAAUGAAUCCACCCGAGGUAACCCGUGGCUGGGGACCUUUCAGACGUGUCCCACGAGGCGUUGUGAGUUGAUGACGUUGAAGGGAUGUUGUCUCCGUUUCUUUUUCUCGUCCCGGUUUCGGGAUAACGCGGCUGGAGGAAAUCAUAUCCCCCGGAUCGUCAUCUGGCCAGGUAUAUGAGUGUACCACUUCUUUCGAUCUUCUCUGCAAUUCGAAGUUGCUGGGAAAUGGAGGAUAACCGUUUUGGGCAUUUGCGAUCAUGUCGCUGGCUGUGAUCGUCUUCAUUCUGGCCAUGCUGGUCCUGGCUAAUGCCUCCCGCUAUUAUACACACUUGAAUCUAUUUCCGGGCCCCUUAAUCGCAAGACGCUCGAGCCUAUGGCACAUAUACCUGCGUAACUCGCCUGGUUACGGUCGGAGGCUCUCAACUCUGCAUGCAAAAUAUGGGAGGAUCGUCUCGUUGGGUCCAAAUCGGUUCAGUGUCUCUGAUCCGGGGAUCAUCUCCCGGCUAUAUCAGACCCAGGUGCACAGUAGUAGCUCACUCCAUGGUCAAGAUCUUGGGGUUCCAAAUUACGACGACGAGUCCCACAUUCCGACCAGCCGGCGGGCUAGACUCUGCGAAUACGAAGGCAUCAUGGAUCCCCCGACCGAAGAGCUUCUGGGGGCCAUGACAAGACACCGAACCUUAGACCUAACAGCCAACCUUCGAAUUUUUGCUACGAGAUUCUGCGACAGAUUCGUCUUUGGCGAGAAAUCCGCUGUGGCUCGCUUGCGGACCCAGGCGACAACGUCCCGGGUCAGAUCUUCCAUUAUAGAGCAUCUGCUCUUCAGAAGCCCUAUAUUAUCGCUGAAGAGGUACCGUGGGCGUCAGCUUGCCCUCUGUUCAAUGAUGCCAGUACAGGCGCUCACGACCUCUACUGGCCUCGACAAACCAGCCCCAGACGCCAUCAACAUUGCUAGCAGCGACGCUAUCCUUGCACCAGACGAUCUGACCACUGAAAUCGAGUCCCUUAUCGCAGCUUUUACGUCCGUCUUUACAUUUCUUCUCAGGAAUCAGAGUAUCUUAACCAACCUUCAAGAUGAGAUUGACUCAGCCUUCUCCAACGGAUCUUUAUCUCCCAUCCCUCGCUGGCGAGAGAUAUCACGCCUUCCUUACCUCAAUGCUGUAAUGAAAGAGUCUUUGCGCCUCACCUGCGCCAUUAACGCAGACAAAGAGUUCCAUGCAUCUGCCGUCUCAUACGAUCUACUGCCGGAACGCGCGCUCCCGAGUGACACGAUCAUCGUCUGCAACUCCUCCGUCGCACAUUUCAACGUUAGCAUCUACGGAGACGAUGUGCAUUCAUUCCGCCCAGAACGCUGGCUUACUGCCGAUGCGCCGCGGCGCCGGCAAAUGGACCAAACCAUGUUGCUUUUUCACCCAGGUCUACACGCUGACUCGAAGGUCCGUGCCACUUGGCUAGAAUUGAAGAAGGUGGUCGUUCGGAUCUUGCUUAAGUUUGAUGUCCGCGCUCUUGCACUAGGCCAAAAUGCAGAAAUAUUCCCAUCUCCCCUAGCGCCUUCAGCUAUCGUUACUAUGGCUCCUAGAAUGCCGGGUAUUCUGGGUCGUCAAUAG